GAUGAUGCUGAAGAUGCUGUCCUUUAAGCUGCUGCUGUUGGCCGUGGCUCUGGGCUUCUUUGAAGGAGAUGCUAAGUUUGGGGAAAGAAGCGAAGGGAGCGGAGUGAGGAGGAGAAGGUGCCUGAAUGGGAACCCCCCGAAGCGCCUGAAAAAGAAAGAUAGGCGGAUGAUGUCCCAGCCGGAACUGCUGAGUGGGGGAGAGAUGCUGUGUGGUGGCUUCUACCCUCGACUGUCCUGCUGCUUGCGGAGUGACAGCCCCGGGCUGGGGCGCCUGGACAGCAAGAUAUUUUCUGUUACCAACAACACAGAAUGCGGGAAGUUACUGGAGGAAAUCAAGUGUGCCGUUUGCUCUCCACAUUCUCAGAGCCUGUUCUACUCACCUGAGAGAGAAGCCUUGGAAAGAGAUCUGGUACUUCCCUUGCUCUGCAAAGACUAUUGCAAAGAAUUCUUUUAUACUUGCCGAGGCCAUAUUCCAGGUUUACUUCAAACUACUGCUGAUGAGUUUUGCUUUUACUAUGCAAGAAAAGAUGGUGGCCUGUGCUUUCCUGAUUUUCCAAGAAAACAAAUCAGAGGACCAGCCUCUAACUACUUGGACCAGAUGGAAGAAUAUGACAAAGUGGAAGAGAUCAGCAGAAAGCACAAACACAACUGCUUCUGUAUCCAGGAGGUUGUGAGUGGGCUGCGCCAGCCUGUCAGCGCCCUUCAGAGUGGGGAUGGCUCCCACCGCCUCUUCAUUCUGGAAAAAGAAGGUUACGUGAAGAUCCUUACCCCCGAAGGAGAAAUUUUCAAGGAGCCUUAUUUGGACAUUCACAAACUUGUUCAGAGUGGAAUAAAGGGAGGAGAUGAAAGAGGACUGCUAAGCCUUGCAUUCCAUCCCAAUUACAAGAAAAAUGGAAAGCUAUACGUCUCUUAUACCACCAACCAAGAACGGUGGGCUAUGGGGCCUCAUGAUCAUAUUCUUAGAGUUGUGGAAUACACAGUAUCCAGGAAAAACCCCCAUCAAGUUGAUCUACGAACAGCCAGAGUAUUUCUUGAAGUCGCUGAACUCCACAGAAAGCACCUGGGGGGACAGCUGCUCUUCGGUCCUGACGGCUUUCUGUACAUCAUCCUCGGUGACGGGAUGAUCACACUGGAUGAUAUGGAAGAAAUGGAUGGAUUAAGCGACUUCACAGGUUCCGUGCUCCGGCUGGACGUGGAUACUGACAUGUGCCACGUGCCGUACUCCAUACCUAGGAGCAACCCGCACUUCAACAGCACCAACCAGCCCCCAGAAGUGUUUGCCCACGGCCUCCAUGAUCCAGGCAGAUGCGCUGUGGAUCGACACCCCACUGAUAUAAACAUCAAUUUAACAAUACUUUGUUCAGACUCCAAUGGAAAGAACAGCUCAUCGGCCAGAAUCCUACAGAUCAUAAAGGGGAAAGAUUAUGAAAGUGAGCCAUCACUUUUAGAAUUCAAGCCAUUCAGUAAUGGUCCUUUGGUUGGUGGAUUUGUUUACCGAGGCUGCCAGUCAGAAAGACUCUACGGAAGCUACGUGUUUGCAGAUCGUAAUGGGAAUUUCUUAACCCUCCAGCAAAGUCCUGUGAGCAAGCAAUGGCAAGAAAAACCACUCUGUCUUGGCAACGGUGGUUCCUGUAGAGGUUACUUUUCAGGUCACAUUUUGGGAUUUGGAGAAGACGAAUUAGGUGAAGUUUACAUUCUAUCAAGUAGUAAAAGUAUGACCCAGACUCACAAUGGAAAACUCUACAAAAUUAUCGAUCCCAAAAGACCUCUGCUGCCUGAGGAAUGCAGGGCCGUGGUCCGGCCCGCCCAGGCCCUGACGUCCGAGUGCUCCCGGCUCUGUCGGAACGGCUACUGCACCCCUACGGGAGCGUGCUGCUGCAGUCCCGGCUGGGAAGGGGACUUCUGCAGAGUCGCGAAAUGUGAGCCAGCGUGUUGCCACGGUGGUGUCUGUGUUAGACCCAACAAGUGCCUCUGUAAAAAAGGAUAUCUUGGUGCUCAGUGUGAACAAGUGGACAGAAACCUCCGCAGAGUGACCAGGGCAGGUAUUCUUGAUCAGAUCAUUGACAUGACGUCUUAUUUGCUGGAUCUAACCAGUUACAUUGUAUAGUUUCUGGGACUGUUUGACUGUUCCUUUCCAGUGGGCAUUUAUUUUUUUAUCCUGUCAUUAAAAAGAACAACUGUUAUCUUGCUACACACUCCUGUGAUUUCAUUUUCUUUGAUUAAUUUAAAAGUCAUUUCCAGAAAUGUGCAGGUCUUGUGUGUGUAUAUUGGCAUGUUUGUUCACAUAUGCACGUAUACACACACACUCAAAACCCCUAUGCGUGUGGUUGCAUAACAGAUGGGUUUUAAAAAUAUGUAUUUCCUUGCGUGGAGUAAUUUCCCCGGAAAUUCCAUUGUAAAUUGGUAACGGCAUUUUUAUGUCACCAGAAGAGAUUAUUUGAUUUCCCAGGAAUUUUCUGUCUGUAAUCACUGAAGUCUACUUCAAUGGAGUUUUAAAACAUUACUGUGCAAUCUGAUGGAUUGAAUUUUAAAAGGCCAUAUUUUUAUAUUAAUAUUAAAGGAUUAUAAUAUGAGAGAAUGUUUCAGCCCUGAUUAAUUUCUAAGUGGGCAAUGGUAUAAAAUUGCAAUCUGCAUUUUUAUCAAUGUAUCCAAUUAUAGAAUGUUAACGCACUUACCUUUUUAUUGGCAGAGAAAUCUGGUUACUCUAGCUUAAUUUCAAGAUAGUUUUCAAGUGUUUUCAAUUAAAUCAUAACAGCAUAUUCUAAAACCAAUCUUCCUAAAAGGUCUGCUUUUAUUGUAUAGUUUAUUUAACAAUAGGCACUGGGUUUGUGUUACAUAUUUAUAUUUUUUAUUUUAUUUUUAUAAUAUAGACAUCACCUAGAUGAAACACCUUUACCCUGUCCUGUAAAAUACUAAAGUUACAUUUUUCACCAACUUAAUUGGAAAGAAGGGGAGUGAGAAAGCAAACAGCCUUUAAUGUGCUGUGGAUCUAAUCUAGCAAUGUAUCUUUGUGCCAACAUGUAACCAUUAACGACGGAUGAAAAAGCAAGAAAACAGCCACUCAUUAUAAAAUUCCAGCACUAAACAUUCGUAAAAUGCUUUUCACCAUAGCAAGCCUGUCAGAGAGAAUAUGUGAUUAGAAUGUUGUGGGUUUCACACUGAAUCGAACCUCACUGGAAAAAGAGUUCACUCGUUUUGAACAAAUCUUGCCUAUGUAAGCUGUCACUUGUACGAAUUUUUAAUAUGUUCAUUCUUGCCAAAUAUGACUUUUAAUGUGUACAUUCCUUCAGAACUCAAUGAAAAUCCUCUCUGGUUCAUGUAUGAAUAAAUAUCCUGUAAAUGUUCUUUUGGGUUUUUCAAGAAAUAUCAUGUUCUAACUUAAACUGCAGAAACUCAGGUAGACGCUUCUCUUCGUGGUUUUUGAAGUCAGCGUGCCAUGUUUGGAUUAUAAAGAAUUAUCAGGACAUUUUGCACCUCUGAAGAAACAUCGACUCAUGACAUGUGGGCCCCCACUUUCGGUUGCCCUUCUUUAACAUCUCUCCCUCCAGAGUCUAAACUGUAGAGCAGGGCAGAUUAUACAACACAGAUUGACUUCCCAAACCUACUCCUUACCUUUAAGAACAGAAGCGUCAAUUUAAAAAAUAAACAAAACCUUGCAACUCGUAUUUGUUUAUUGUUGGAAAGCAAGAGAUUUGCAAUGAAAGCACAGGGAGAAACCACCAAGUAGAAAGUUUGGUUAAGUACCCUGUUCUUGUCUGCCAUAUAUGAUUGCUUAAGUUUCAAGUGACCUCAUGCCCAAUGGAAAUGGGUUGACAAGUCUUGGUUCAGUGCUUAGUGAACAAUAGCCUGCAUUAAAAAGUGCAUGCAUAAUUUUGCACAAUUUAGAUUUCAAUGGACAGUCUAUUCAAAGAAAUCUCAGGAUUAAAUGAGCAUGGAGACCAAAUUGCCCUCUUACCCCAGAAAAGGGGUGGUCCCUUCUAGUCACACGAACACUUCAUUGGCCCAACAGUGUGGCAAAUCUUGCAGUGAACCCUGCCGUAGCCCGCAUCUGUAGGUUAAUAGCAGUCUUUUGUCCCUGUGGCUUUCUCUUCAUGGCCCUUUUACUGAAUUCCAUCACAGAAAGUUUUACAAUUAAAAAAAAAAAAUGUCCUGACAACCAUUUUUGUAAAUGGACCCUACCAUCUCCUCAUCUCUUAUUCAACGUGGGUGACAUUCACAAAAUGUGAGCUUCUUGUGAGGGAGCCAGCUGUCUAAAUCUGUCAAAUCGUGCAGUUUUAUUACACAUUCGCCUGUUCAUAGUUUCACUGAAAACAAUAAGGAUACUGCCAUAUAUUCAGCCAAAUUCAAAAAAAAAACAAAAAGAGCAUUUUUUCUGACAUCUUGAAUCUUUCCAUCUUUUCCAAAAGAAUCUUUAUAAAAGAAAAGAUGUUCUAUUGCCAUUAGUUCUCUUAUUUAAAAAUAUCUAGAUUAAAUUGACCAGACCCAGCUUUUUUUUAGAUAGUCCUUUCCCAAGCGAAGACUUUCAAAUGACUUAGAAAAACAUAUGUACUCCAGGUAUCAUUGCCUUUUCUAUGGGGAGUCAUUAGAAUAAAAGAUCAAAAUUUUCUAAAAAGAAAACAGAUCCACUGACAUUAAACCCCAGCAAAUACAGUCAUUGGAAUCAUUUCUUUCUGUUCCUAGGAAAGAAGUAAAUAGCAAAGGCGGAUUAAUACCUACAUAUUUUAAACUAAGUGAUCAUUUCAAAAAAAACUUUUGACCUUUCCCUUCAAGUAGAUUUUAAAUAUAUAUGUGACUGAGAAUGAUCUUAAAUAAUUCAUGAUGAGAGGCAAGUAGGAAUUGGUUAAAAAGUAUGAGCUAGGGAAAAAUAAUUGUUUCAUCACAUGAAUGGCAAUAUCUACUCAGUAAAAAAGCACAUAAUCAAAAUGAAAGAAAAUGUCCUCUGUAUGAAUAUAGAUGUGGGAGAUAAAGAUACAAUAAACAUAAAAAUGUAAAUUAUUAUUCCUUUUUUCCAUUCUAGAGCUUAAGCUUUGGGGAUCAAUUUAAUGUAAAAUGCUAUGAUGGUAGUUAUAAAGAGUUGAGGCAAAAUAUUUUCUGCCACUGCUUCUAACAAACUCUUGUUCUGGUUGAUAGAACUUCAUUUUCUUGCUAGUUAUUUGAAGUAAUAAGAAGACAAAUGAGUUGACACAUCAUUAAAGUGCAAAGAAGGGAAGAUUUAAGAAACUUGAAUAAUGAUAAAAAGGGCUUCCAUCUCUAGCUUUCUUUUUGGAAUUUCCCUUCAAUAUGGCUAUUGUAAACUAUACCUUUUAUUUUAUCACAAAGAAUACUCAGAAGUUUUCUCAGAUUAAUGGACUAUCUCAUAAAGAAGAGCAAAGAAACCUACACAUACAACUUAAAUAGAAAGCCAUUCUCCUUUUCAUUUAUAUAUUUAAGAGUAAGCACUUCUCCAUUUAUUUAUUUGAAAAUAAUUACAUAAUAAUGUACUAAUAAUUUUUAACAAUUUUGUAAUAUUGUUUUUAUCUCCAAAUCAUAAACUAAAAAGAAAUCUACUAGGUUUAGGAUCUUAGGUUAGAUGCUGCAUCUGGGGUCUUUCAAAGUGCACAUUAAUUUAAACUGUAUUAGUUUCUUUUAGUUUUGAAACAUAAAAACUAAGACUAAAUUUUUAAGAGGGAAAAUAAGGUAUAUUAUAGGCAUUUAUAUUUGGCUGCUCGAUAAAGUUUCUGAGCAUCUCUAAAGAAUGUUACCUAUGAUAUCUUUCUCUCUCUUUUUUCUUCCCCACCCCCAUACAUCCCUUUUCUUGUUAACCUCUCUCAUCUCUGUUUCUAUUGGUUUUGACUAAACAAACAUGUCCUCAGGACACUAAUGAAGAUAUCCUAGAGCAGCUUGCUACUGAUUUUGCCUGAAAAAUUCCUCUCCUAGUACCACAUUUGUUCAAACUCUAAAUCAUAAAGAACAGCAGACAGUGAUGAACAGACUAGACUGACCUAUUGCAGUCAUUGAAAGAAGUGACAAAAAGAGUGCAUGACUCCCAGCCUAGAUGUCCCAGCUCGGCUGGGGUUCCAUCUUGGAUGCUAGAAAGAACGUCCCCAGUCCAACAGUGUGAGUUAACAAUAGGGAAAGGUAGCGGCUAUUUCCUUUUCAAACAACAACCAUCUCUAUGGAUGGUUGAAUAAUCUUAAGACUAUCCCAAAUCAAUGAGGAAAAAAUUACAUAGUCCCUCAGUGGAGACUUCAGAAUCUCUUUACCCCACCCUUGGAAUGAACCAUGAACUUGCAAAGAACUCAGACCAAAGUUCCAUGCCUUGAAAAUGUACCCAUUUCUUUAUUACGGCCAAGAAGUCAGUGGGCCUGUUACUGUGACUAUAGACAAUACCUCUAGAAAGUUUCUCGUUAGAAUAUCCUAAAGAAAUAUAUUCUAUCUUACCUUCUUUCUCUUUAUCACACAAACACAAAUUAGUCAUACCUCUUAUAAUCAAUAUGAUGCAGAGAAGGUGAGCAACUGAAUAAAAGAAGCAUUUUGAUAUUAAAAAUAUAAAAAACAUGACCAUAAAACCUGCCGGACGUUAAUCUUAACCAGUUGCAACACUUCUUGCUCUUAAUAGCCACUCAUAGGUUUUGAAAAUUGUCUUAAAAUAACUAUUUUGGGGAGUACAGUGUACUCAGGAGAGCGGGAGAAAGUGUUGUGCUAUUUUCUUCUCAAUCAUAGUGAUUAUUUCCCUAGUGACUAUGAAGAGAUUUACUUAUUUAUCAGAUAAGCUCUUUUGAUUCUUCAUUAAAUGUAAGCCCAAGAUGCACCCAAAAGAAAGAUACAUUCUCUUUCUUUUGUAUAAAUCAUCUACAAGUUGAUUGAAAGCAAUAAAAAAUAAUGAUCCCUUCUAUUAACCUAAAGCUUAAGCUUAAAACUUGUCACUGCUUUUAACAACAACAAAAAAAAUGAUGCCAAUUCAAUAUGAGUUCUCAGGUACAUCUCAUGUACAUCACAAAGUCAGACAUCACAUUUUGGUCAGGGUAUUUUUUUGCAUAUGUAGAUUUUAUAUUACUUAUACACAAGCAAAUUAAUAUAAAUGGUCAGUUAUUUCAAUUGACUGUAAUCUUUCAAGUUAAAAAAUUUUUAACUUAAAAAAAGUUUUAACACAAGAUAAAAAAAAAUAAUAUUAACAGGGAUGGAAAAUUCAUAAUGGCUAAAAAGAAAAUAAGCUUUGUCUUCACAGUUAGAAACUAACUCUUGUACGUUUCCCUUUGCACUAAAAAAUAACUAGCCAAGAGUUUCCAUUCACACGAACAAUGUGUGAUCAGAUUUGGUGUAGUCUGUGCCCAAAAGUGUGUUGGGUAUUUCUUCACCUUAUGUUCUUAAAAUCAGAGACAUGAUUUCCAUAGAAUAAAUUAGGAGUUUAUGUAUAGUAGAACCUAAUACUAUUAACACAUUAAUACAUUCCAUUCAUAAUACUAUUAUUGAGAAAUCAAACUGACAACCUUAUAUCAGGUAUUUCCCACAUCUCAUUCAAUUCAUAGGACAUUUUUGGACUUGCAUUUCACCAAGAACUAUGGAGUAACAAGAUAAAUGAUACAGAGGUUCUAUGAGAUUUUUGGAGUUCAUUCCCUAGGACAUGCUAAAGAAGUCUAUUUAAAAGAAACCCAGCUAAUUAAAAUAAAAAAAAAUUAUCAAAUCAUUAUAAUUAAUAAGCAUAAAAGAAAUUGGUAAAGAAACCAUGUCUUUCCUGGCUUUAUCUGUGAUUAAUUCUGUCCAGCUUUAAAGAAUGGUUAACUUUAUCUUUUAACUUUAGAAUGGCUAAAGUGUUCUAAGUUUUGGUUUUCCUAGCUGUUGAUUUUCCUUUAGAUUUUUGACAAUUAGGGCAAUUUGUCUGUAACCUUACUCACAGAAGAUACUUUGCUUGGAUUUCUGUUAAUAAGAGGCAGAAGACUGUGGGAACAAGUAACAAAAGCAGGUUAAUAUAUGUACUAGUUGUUUUCUAUAAAUGUUCUUUGGAAAAGUAACACGCAAAGUCAUUGGCUUAGAUAAUCCUUCUAUAUUUGCAUUAAUUUGACUUACUUUACCAAGUUAUUAUUAGUUCUUUUUAAUUGAUCUUCUAUUAUUCAGCCAUCCAUCCAUUCAUUAAUUUAACAAAGAUUUAUUGAAGUGCCCAGCACGAUUUAUGUACUAUAGAAAAGGCAAGGAUGUUUAUAAUGGGAGAUUGUGAGCCCAGUGGGUGCAUUUGAAGCAGAAGACAGUAAUCGCACCCAACUGCUCUAAUUCAGUUCAACAUCAAAAUCCAGCAGUAAUAGUACAGAUGGCCUAAAAUACAUCUGUGUGUAUCUGUAUGUGUGCACACACCCAUGUAUAUAUAUUUAUCUAUCUGUACAAACACUACAUAUGUAUACACACUAUCUAUGUAAUAUAUAAUAUAUGUAUAAUGCAUAUAAAUUCUAACAAGUGUAUUUGUGUUAUCUUUAAAAUAGAACAAUUGUAUCUUGAAGUGAUAAAUGCAGAGAAUUGGUUUUUAUUGUUGAUCUGUGGAUUUAAUGAUUUUUAGGUGAAAAGGAUGUUUAAGUGUAUAAUUUCUUUUCUUAAUUUAAUAUAUUUAUGUAAAUGCAUGCCUGAAAUUUGGUUAGAUUGGCUGUGUUUGUGUCCUUUAACAUGAUCAAAUGUAUUAAACUUUAUCUUAUGAUCUAA